UACCCGGCAGGGCCUCGCAUACUCUGCGUCGCUGUCCCUCACGCUGCUGUCUACGCCGUAUAUAACUAUAUAUACGCUGUUGCACCUGCUCGCCCUCUUCGUGCACACUGCCCUGCGCGUCCGCGUGUUCGUUUGUUUUUCGCUCGCGACCGGUGCGAGAUAUAAUUAAUCGCCGCUCUUUGUGACCAAGAGAGAGAGAGAGAGAGAGAGAGAGAGAGAGAGAGAGAGAGAGAGAGACAGUGUGUUCGGUACCUGCGCCGUGCGGUGUAUGCAGCGCCAAGUUCAAAGCGUGCACUCGUGUACGCGUACAGUACACUCGAUCUUCUCUGCGUGUUAUACUCUGCUGUAUCCUUGUGUGCGUACAUGCGGUGCCUGACUCGUGAUAAAACAGCCGCGAUAUUUGUGCCAGUUUUUUGUUGUUUGUGUUCCGUGCGAGCGUUUGCGCGGGAGAACGCCUGACGCCGCUCUCUGCAGUGUUCCUCGAAUCACAGGCUGUUGCUGCCGCUGUCUGCUUUUUUCCGCCGUUCGAGGGAUUCCUACUCGGAGGGGGAUUCGCAGAUUCGUGGCUUCUCUGCAGGGCAAACAGGUGCGACGCUUCGUCGAGAUCCAAGAGCGGCUAUACAUCGAAGGUACGCAAAUAUUGACUCGCAGCCUUGAUACCUUCACACGUGAGUGAAUGGGUAAAUAUUUAGCGACGUUAAAAUUGGAUCUCGGAGACUCUGGCGUCGUUUGAACUCGAGGAGGAGUCACCAUCUUAGACACGGCCGAGGGAGCUUCAGCCGCGGCGGCAACGUUUUCGCUGGCGAGUUGGAGAAUCGCACUUUGCAUCUACUUCCUGAACAAGAUCUCCGAGGACUUUCGGCAACUCCGGCUGCGAAGGCUUCAGUAGUGGUGAUGCUCCCGACUGCAGCAGCAGGCUAGCUGCGCGUCAGCUCUCUCCUCGGGGACGACUGAAGUGGCGACGCGCGCGAAAAUCGUCGCCGCAGGCCGACAAGCCAGCAGCAGCCAGAGAUAGUGGUGGCGCAGCGGCAGAGGUACUAUGGGAGCGGGGGUAUGGAGGGCGGAGGAGGGCUACAAGCCACGGACGACCUCCGGCAGCAGAGGCACGCGCGCUCGAGGAGUCGCAGGACUUUGCGGCACUCGCUAGGCCGAGAGGAUGGCCCAGACGACUGCCAGAACCUCGAGCGAGCCUUCGAUGACGAUAGCAGCAGCAGCAGCAGCAGCAGGCUCACGCAGUACGAGCCAGCGACAGAAGCGACUACAUUAUCGUGCCUCGCGUCCGGCCAGCCAACAUGCUCCUCCGGCUGCUGGCUGCGGGAGGUCCCGGACGACGACGCGGACGACAUGUUUGAAGCAGCGAUCGGCUACGGCGGCAGGGAGGAGCAGCGGUUCCAGGGCCUGAGGCUCGACAGAGACGACGACGAGAGGCUCGUCGAAUGGAGGCGGCCAAGGCUGCGCUCCUCCGGUAGCUGGCACCUCCGGAGUGCCCUGGACAUGGCCGCGAGGACGCUCCUCCUCGGCGUCGUGCUACUCGUCACGCCAGGGCUGUGCAAUCAUCAGGACGCGGUGCACAUAACGGCGAUCCUGGGCGAGAGCGUGGUGUUCAACUGCCACGUGGAGUUCCCGGACCAGCACCCGGUGCCGUACGUGCUCCAGUGGGAGAAGAAGGUAGGCGACACGGAGAUACCUAUAUACAUAUGGUACGAGUCAUACCCGACCCACAGUGGCGAAGGCUACGAGGGUCGCGUCGCCAAGGUCAGCCCGAACUCGCCCUACGGCGGCGCGAGUCUCAACUUGACCAACAUUCAGGAGAGCGACCAGGGCUGGUACGAGUGCAAAGUCGUCUUCCUCAACCGGUCACCCAAUAACAACAAAAAUGGUACCUGGUUCCACCUGGACGUUCACGCGCCGCCUAGAUUCACGAUAACCCCGGAGGAGAUGAUCUACGUGAACCUGGGCGACGCGAUCAUCCUCAACUGCCAAGCGGAGGGUACGCCGACGCCGGAGAUACUCUGGUACAAGGACGCGAACCCGGUCGAGCCAUCGUCGACCGUCACGAUCAUCAACGACGGCACCGAGCUCAGGAUCUCGACGAUCAAGACCGAGGACAUCGGCGACUACACCUGUCUCGCGCGAAACGGCGAGGGCCAGAUCAGUCACACCGCUCGCGUCAUCAUCGCCGGCGGAGCCGUGAUAACGAUACCGCCGCAGAACGAGACGAAGCUGGAGGGCGAGAACGUGGUGUUCCCGUGCGAGGCAAAGGCGCUGCCGGGCAACGUGACCGUGAGCUGGUAUCGCGAGGGCGCCCCCAUCUCCGAGGUGUCCGAGCUGGACACGCGCGCCUCCGUCAGGAUGGACGGCAGCCUCGCCAUCAACCCCGUCAGCGCCGACGACUCCGGAACCUACCUCUGCACCGUCAGCAACGGCAUCGGAGAGCCCCAGACUGCCAGCGCCUAUCUCAACGUCGAAUAUCCAGCGAAAGUGACGUUCAACCCGACCGUCCAGUACCUUCCGUUUCGCAUGGCGGGCGUGGUGCAGUGCUACAUCAAGGCGAACCCGCCGCUGCAGUACGUCACCUGGACCAAGGACAAGCGGCUGCUCGAGCCCUACCAGGUCAAGGACAUCGUGGUCAUGGGCAACGGCUCGCUGCUCUUCACGCGCGUCAACGAGAACCACCACGGCCAGUACACCUGCACGCCCUACAACGCCCACGGCACGCAGGGAAGCUCCGGCUACAUGGAGGUCCUCGUGCGCAACCCGCCGGUCUUCACCGUCGAGCCGCAGCCCAUGUACCAGCGCAAGGUCGGGGAGACCGUCGAGAUGCACUGCGCCGCUCAGGAGAGCUCCGGCACGCAGAAGCCCACCGUCACCUGGCAGAGGAAGGACGGCGAGGAGCUGGCGCGGGGCCGAGCCAAAGUCGUAGGGGGCAACCUGACGAUCGAGAACCUCAAGCAGCAGGAUUUCGGCGUCUACGAGUGCGUGGUGUCGAACGAGGUGGCGACCAUAGUCAAAUCGACGCAUCUGAUCGUCGAGGGCACGCAACCGCACGCGCCUCACAACGUCACUGGCGUGGCCGACCAGUUCUCUGUGACGCUCUCCUGGCAGCCCGGAUACUCCGGCGGACCCGACUACAAGCAGGAUUACACGAUUUGGCAUCGUGAGGAAGGGGCUCAGGAAUGGAAAACGAUUCCCGUCACACCUUCCGGAAGCACGACGGUGACGAUAAGCAGGCUGAAGUCCGGCACGAAUCACGAGUUCCAAGUUGUCGGGAAGAAUGCGCUUGGCGACGGAAUGUCCAGCGGUAUAAUUACUGUUAGAACUUUAGACGUGGAGUUACAAAAAGCGCCAACACAAUCAUCGACUUCGGGAAAUCAAAUACCGGCAGCUGCAGCAGACCAAAGUGGUGGUGGGCUAGGAUUACCCUUAAAGGAGAAAGUUACCCCCAAUGAUGGACCGAGGCCAGGACCACCGAGAAACGUGACUGUGACGGAGAUCAACAACGGAUUUCUUAUAACUUGGAUGCCUCCGCUUGAGAGGAAUCAUCUUGUAAAAUUUUACACCAUUAACUUCAAAACCGACGGGCCGUGGAAGACCCUUAACAAGGGACAGAUCCGACCGGAAGAUACGAGCUAUCUCAUGAAAAAUCUGGUCGGCGGCAGGACGUAUUAUUUCGUAGUUUUCGCCAAUUCGUCGGAUAGCGCUGGCGCGAGCGAGCAGUACAAGUAUUCGGUGCCGGCGCGCGUCAAGCACAAGGCCAUAACUGCCGGCGUAGUCGGCGGGAUCCUCUUUUUCAUCGUCGCGAUUAUUCUCAGCAUCUGCGCGGUCAAGAUCUGCAAUAAGAGAAAGCGACGAAAACAGGAGAAAGAACUGCUUUCAGCGUAUAACAUGGUGACCUGCCGGGUAACAGACGCCCGAAACGGCGCAGGGCAGGGGCCCCAGGGAACAGUGCCUUUGAAAAAACCUAGAAAAAGCCGAGUACCAGGUUUGAGUCUGCUGCGCGAGCUGAUCAGCCCGGCGACGCCCGACCUGGCGCGCCGCUGCCGGCCACUGGGCAAGAUCUCCCGCGCCGCGGACGGGCGCUUUGUCAUCGCGGACUCGGUCAUGUCCUCGGCCAACAACAGCAUCCUCGACGCCUCGAGCAGCGACGACGGCGGCUUCCUGCCCAAGCAGCACCAUCGCCUCAAGUCCUCCUGGCGCCGGCCCCUCGUCGGCACCAGCCAGCUGAGUCUACGCUCCGAGGGCAGCGGCCUCUCCAACCUGCAGCAGCAGCCCGUCCAGGUCGGCCAGGUCGUUCUGCCCGGGCAUCAACUGCUGGCCUCCGUGGUUGGCCCGUCGCCGCAGCUGGCGUCGCCCGAACUGGUCGGUGGUGGUGCUUCAGCCGUUGCCGACAUCUGCACCAUCGCCUCGCCGCGCUUCCUCGCGAGCUCGCCGAGCUGCGGGCCCCAGUCGGCGCCCUGGAGCUCGCCCGUCUACCUGAGCGACCUGAGCUCCGUGCGGCCGGCCAACUCGACGGUCGAGCGCAGCAACUCCUACUUCCCGACGCCGCCGAGCUACCUGCAGUUGCACACCGUCCACCAGCGCUACAGCCAGGAGCUGCCCUCGCUCAAGGCCAUCCACGCGGAGUGCACGCAGCGCUUCGUGCCGGUCCAGCCGCUGGCCACCUCCUCGCCGCCACAACCAGCCGGCCGGCCCCGGGCCCGACUGCCGCCCCGGCACGCCCGGCACGCCCGCUCGGCGCCCGAGCUCGCGGCCUCCCCCGACCUCGAGACCUCGCCCGAGUCGCGUUCCAGCAGCUCGGGCUUCGGAAGCAAGAACACCUCCCAGCAGAACCAGAGCUCGCGCAGUGGUAGCACCGUCGCCGAGUGCUGUCCGCCGCCCUACCGGCCGCCUCCGCCUCCGGCUUCCGUCGGCCGCUGGCUCGAGCACCACCACCCGGCUCUCAAGAGCUGCGUCAACCUCAUCAGCAUCGGCCUUCCUGGGGGCAGUUGCGGCGCGAACUUGGACGCGGGCAGCGUCGACGGCCACUACGAGUUCGACCCGGUCUCUUGCACGCCCACGCCAACCUCGGCUUCGACGCCAACUCGCGAGGAGCGGCCGCCCGUCCACCAGAUGAACCACCACCACCAUCACCACCACCAGCUGCCCCAGAUCCACCAGGUGCACACGAGCCAGCAGCAGCCCGCCUCCGCGAGGUACUCCCGGGAUAACAUCGAGGCGCGCGUCCAGGCGAUGAAGGCCGAGUUCCACCAGUUCCGACAGCGCCAGGCCAAGCGCCGGCAGAGCGCCCACCUGGAGAGCGCCUGCUGAUCUGUAGUGUGUGACGAUGAUGAUGAUCCAGUAGUUCAUUCGUCCGUCCGCGACGACGAGAUCCUGUUUUCGUUUCGCUUAUGUUCGCGUUUUCGCGACCACGCGCGCGCACAAACACACGCACACUCAUGCACACACACACACACACACACAUACACAGGCGAGGCUGAACCAGAAAAAUACUCCAAAGAUACUGUACCACGUACGUGCUCUAUACCUUAUAAAUGAAGAAACGAAAAAAGUAAACCACGUUUAACCCUAAUCGUAAACUGUAAGUAAUUAUUAAUGACGACGAGAGAGAAAAAAAGUAAUAAAAGACGAGAAAAGGGGGAGAUGAUAUGUUAUAAGUAAAUAAACAAAUUAUUAUAAAUACAAGCGACAGACAGACGCGAAAACACCCUGCUCACACACACACACACACACACACACAUGGAAAAAUAUGCCACAAUCAAGUAUAAUUAAAGUAACAAAGAAUAUUGAUGCGCAAUGGACUCGAACCGUGAUAUUAGGCCGAAGCUUGCCUCGAGAUUGCUUAAGGACUCACUCGUACUGCACUGCCUGUUUAGGGUUUCGCUAGCGACCCACCAUAUUAUCGGCACAAUAAUUUUUCUUAAGCAAUGUAAAACAAGAGAACAUUUAAGUAUUAAGCGACGAUAGCGAUCAUGUGUCGAAGAGAGUGAGAGAGCGGAGGAGGUGUAGAAAGAAACGAAAACAAAGAGACGAGGUCAAUUUCUCUAUUACAAAUUAUACACGAGGUCUUGGAGAGGAAGACGAAUAGAGAUAGAGAGAGAGAGAGAGAGAGAGAGAGAGAGAGAGAGAGAGAGAGAGAGAGGGGGAGAGAGUGAGAUUUAAGCGACAGAAAAAAGUGUUGUGGAGCUCUUAGAGGGUAUCGCGCGCGAAGGAUUCGCUCGACUAUACGAGAUACUCAAGUUGCUCGGGGAUACUUUUACUUUUCUUUUUAUAGUACAAACGUCUUAUUUAUAUUUAAGCUAAUACCUUUGAUAGAUCAUUAGUACAAUUAUAUAAUUAGCGAAGGCUCUACUCACGAUUCAACUAUACACUUGGACGAUUGACAAUUAAGCCUAUGACAAACAGAACGGCGGAUGAACCCAGUGAGAGGGACGAACGACAGUGCGUGUAAUAACGAAACGCAAGAGAGCGAGCGAGUGAGAGAUGACGCCUGAGUGAAUGAGAGAACGAGAUAAAGAAUGACGAAGAGCAAUUAUAGUAAAUAAACAAAAAAUUAUUAAAAAUGAGGUGACGCAAAGAGUACCAAUAUUCUAAAGUAAUUCUAAUAAUUGAAUUAAUAAUUUGAUAAUUACUUGAUAAUUGUAAAUUAUAACGAUGUAGCGUGUAGUAUUAUUAAUCGACAUUGAGGAUGUGGACACAUGAAUUUCAGCAAGAAAAGAAAUGAACUUGUGUUUUUAAUGAAUAAAGGGAAAAAUGAUGGAGCCGCGAACGCAAAAUCGCCCGUUACUGUUGUAUCAUAUAUUAUAAUUAUUGAAGUACUGGUUAUAAAGAAAAAUGGCGUGAAAAUGAGUGUCGUUUGUUCCGGUUAGCGUGUAACGAGGAAACUAUUCAAAGCUGUCGAGGGAGGAGCAGAGCGAGAGAGAGAGAGAGAGAGAGAGAGAGAGAGAGAGAGAGAGAGAGAGAGAGAGCAGGCAAGCAAGGACCUAGUUUACCGUUACAAAGUCGGAUAUUUUUCGAUUUCGUUUGAAAGUGUGUACAUUACGCUUGCCGAGCUCUCCUCCUCCCUCGCCGAAAGAGUAACUAGCGAAGAGCCUCACGAAAAUUGCAAGCUCAAAGAAAAAGCUGGCUGAGCAAGUCGAGCGAGCCCAAACGAGAUAAAUGGAAUGUCGCGUCGGAGGAGAGAGAAAAUCCAGGUAUAUUACGCAGGAGGAGACGAUAAGUGAGGCUCCGAUCGGCAUUGUAUAAAGACGGAGUCCUCAUCGACGCGCGCCAUAUAGAUAAUCGCAAUUCGAUUUUCCUCUCCGAGCCUCGACUCUGCGCGCAGACACACGCACACACUGCAGCCAACGCAAAUUCGAACUUGAUCAAGGAGGGAAACGCAAUCGCGAAGAGGGGUGUCUCUCGCGAGCCGUGUGCUUUCCUCUCACCUUGUAAUAGAUAAGCGAUAAGCGUAUAUAUAAAAUAAGAGUGUAGAUAUAUCAUAGUUAGAUACAACGAUCUCAAAGACGACGCACGUGUUUCGCUACAGAAAAUUAAAGGGAAAUAAAAUGAAAAAAAUAUAUAUAUAAAAAUGAAAAAAACUUAUCGGUCACCGUAUUAAGCGUAUUAUACAUACUUACACCGACAGCACGUAAAAGCAAAUGCAUUAACAAAAAAGUAUCGCGUAUAUAAGGAGAGAAUGACUAUAUGGUUGAAUCGUGAAUAUGUUGUUACGAUCCUCGUUAACGACGCACACUUUUCCAUCCGUCUUCGUUUUUGUUCAUUCAUUUUCACGUCCUGUUCAAGCCCCAACAUUGUCGUUUCAUUUCUCCUGUACACACGCUCAUACGCGUGUCUGUGAAUAUUAUGUAAAAUCGAUUGUGUAAGAAAUUGCUAUCCAAGAUUUCUAUAAAGUGUUUCAUGAAAAAAUUCAUAAAAAUCGUUGAAAUUGCUCAUUGUAAUGAAUCGAUAGGCACAUUAUAAUAUCUACGAAACUUAUAAUAAAGACAUUAUACAAGUUUAGCAUGUUGACUUUUUCGUGAUCUUUUAUUUAGACUUGUAUGUAUUUUUUUCGUUUGUUAUGCAAACGUAACGGUUGCAUGCUUAUUUCGAUAGCGUCAUCAGGUAAACUCUUUAUAAUUUUCAAAACGAAUCGUACGUAAGUUAUGCGAGAUAAAAGUUCUAUUGCGGCGUUGUUUGCAUACGAAUUGAAGCUGUUGCGAUAUUUUUAAUAUUAAGCUAUGAAGAACAGUAUUAUUAAAUAAUCUAUAAAGUCUAUAAAAUCUAUUUUAUUUCUCAAGUCAUCUCGUUGCACUUUUUGCGAUGUAAUGCCUGUAUUGUUAAAAAUUUAAUCUAAGUGAAACUUUUUAAUGACGUAAAUAUAAGCGUUCAAAGAAAAAAAUCAUUGAGCACAACUAAUUGUAUCGAUUAAAAUCUAUUCACUAGUCUGUGAACAGUUAGGCGCGAUUCGAGAAUCAAAGGAACAGUAAUUUGCCGACUUACCGCAAAUUCUGGCUCAACGAUCUUUGGGCUUCGAAAACCUUUCACGGCGCGCCGUUGAAUUUCUUACACAACCGAUUGUCGAGACCUUAUUUCUCAAACAUUUUUCCUUCGAACGCAUAUGCGCACAUGUACACAUGCACACGCAUAAGUAUUUCGCUAAUUAUAUGUAUAAAAAGAUAAUAUAGCGCGAUGGCUUUCGCGGCUGAAAUUUGCAUCGCAGGUGUCGCCGCAACGUGUCUACGGCACAGCUGCGCAGAAACUCACACAUACACGAAGCAGGCCGACCGCUCUUGCGCUUCCGCUUUUUUAUCGUGUUAAGUCCGUGUGAUAAAUAAUUAAAACCUUUGAUAAAAACGGGAGAAUUUUUCUAUACGAUCAUUACUCGUUAAAGUCGUGUUUACAUCGCCAACGCGGGAGAAAAUAAGCGAUAAAACGAAAAAAAAUAAUAAUAAUAAAUAUAAAUAAGACGACGCCUUCCGUGGAAACGAGAGACUGCGCGCGGAGGAAAACGAGAGCGAGUCGCGCCUGCUGGAAUAUAAAAAUAAAAGCGAUACACAGCGAGAGAGAACCGACCAAUUGUACGAUUAUGCGCGUCACGCGAGGUGUCGCGGUGCACAGCUCGAUGCAAUUCGUAGCCGCGGGAGCGUGAAUAAAAUCUAUAACGGUUUUAUGUAAUGUGUAAGAAAUGACUAUACGUUGGUACAUCAUGCGCGACAAUUUCUAGGAUGUUUUUGUGAAUCGAGUGCGUUAUAUUUUGAGCGCCAGUCGGCGACUCCUGUAUAAAGGACAAAAUACGAGAUUGUGGAAGUAUCGUCGUAAGAACCCGCUGAACUUGCCCAUUGAGUACAAUUUUAAUUUUAGUUACUUUUUAAUCGUAGCGUUUUAUUAUUAUUAUUAUUAUUUUUUAUCAUUAUAAUAUAUCAUGUACCGUGCCCGUUUCGCCUGAUAUACACGCGCAUACAUAUACAAACGUAUAUAUGAAAACGAAGUUCCGCGUCCUUAUAGUGAAUGAAACUGCGAAUCUCAUUGAUUUCCUCGCUGAAGUACGCCGUUUUGUAUUAUUUAAUUUUAUCAUCGCCCAGACUCAUCCAUUCGCGCGCAAGUAUAUAACAUAAUCAUCGUUGUGAACGAUUUUCGCAAAGCCUUUUGCACCGUCAUGUUUGUAACGUAACUCCAUACUUCCUUUAUUAUUUAUGACAAAACAAAUGUAUAUCGAUCCUAUAUAUGCGCCUCAUACACACACACACACAUGCGUUUUCACACACACACACACACACGUUCAACUAUUGUUUGGUAUAUCUAUCAUACUUUCCCCGGAAUAGAGAUGAAAGAAAAUCGUUGCCCCGUUAUUAUUGACUAUGCUUUCUCGCUACUCCGAGAACUCCAAGACGUACUAACUUAGGACGAAUUGUAGACGAUUUAUUAUUAAAUAAAAUUAAAAGGAGAACGGUCAUUUGAAA